CGCCCCCCCCCCCCCCGCGAAGUGGUAAACAGUCGAGCGCCAAGUGUGUCUCCUGCCGCCGCACUCCCCUCACGGGUUCGCUACACGACGAUACGUUUUGUUUAAACUCACCUCGAAUGGACAUUUAACAUUAGCAAGCAUCCGCGAGCGUUCGGCGAAGCCCCUCCGGGUCCGAUUCGUAGGUCGCGAUAAUGUUUGCAUGCGACAGCCGCUCGGCUCUCCCUGUUCGCUGUCGGGCAGCUGAGGCGGUUCGGCCUCUGGCGACCCCGAGACGUCGGUGUUGAUUCCCUUUUUCUUUUUAAACAAAAACAAAUAACAUUUAAAAAGGGUUUUUUUUUUUACGUCGCGCGAAGCUACAGUCAUGGGCGACGCGGACAAGUUUUUCUACAUCUACAGUUGCGACCUGGAGUUGAACGUUCAACUCAAAAUAGGUAGCCUGGAGGGCAAGCGGGAGCAGAAGAGCUACAAGGACCUACUGGAUGACCCCAUGCUCAAGUUCUCCGGGCUGAACCAGGAGUCAUGUUCACACCUGUACGUCACAAGCCAAGUGUUGGGAGACGGAAGGCCGCUGGCUCUGCCCACGCGCACCGCCUACAAGCCCUUCAGCACGCGCUGGAAUUGGAACCAGUGGCUGCAGCUGCCCGUGAAGUUUGCUGAUCUGCCGAGGAACGCGGUGCUUGCACUCACCGUGUGGGACAUGUACGGACCGGGCCGCGCCGUGCCGGUUGGAGGAACCACGGUGUCGCUGUUCGGCAAGCACGGGCUGUUCCGACAGGGCAUGCACGACCUGCGUGUGUGGCCAGGAGUGGAGGCAGAUGGUUCUCAUCCGUCCACAACUCCUGGCAAGGCGGGCAGCUCACAAGGGGACGAUCAAAUGAGUCGGCUCGCGAAGCUGACCAAAGCUCAUCGGCAGGGACACAUGGUCAAGGUGGACUGGCUGGACCGCCUUACUUUCCGUGAAAUUGAGAUGAUUAAUGAGAAGGAGAAAAGGAACUCAAACUUCAUGUACCUGAUGGUGGAGUUUCCUCGGGUGGUGUUCGAAGACACGGAGUACGCUGUUGUGUACUACGAGAAGGAGGGAGAUGAGGUGGACGAGGUUUUGCUGAACCCGGAGAUUGUCAAAGUUCCUGAUCCACAGAUGUCUCUGGAGAACUUGGUGGAGAGCAAGCACCACAAGCUGGCGCGCAGCCUCCGCUCCGGUCCAUCCGACCGUGACCUCAAACCAAACGCUGCCACACGAGACCAACUCAACAUCAUCGUGGGCUACCCACCGACCAAACAGCUGACCUCCGAGGAGCAAGACUUGGUGUGGAAAUUCCGCUACUAUUUGACCAAUCAGGAGAAAGCGCUUACCAAGUUCCUCAAGUGCGUCAACUGGUCCCUGGCGCAGGAAGCCAAGCAGGCGCUGGAGUUGCUCGGGCGCUGGAAGCCAAUGGAUGUGGAGGAUUCGCUAGAGCUGCUCUCGCCGCAGUUCACCAACCCCACCGUGCGCCGCUACUCCGUCACCCGCCUGCAGCAGGCCGACGACGAGGACCUGCUGAUGUACCUCCUGCAGCUCGUGCAGGCCCUCAAAUACGAGAACUUCGAGGAGAUAAAGGCCGGCUUGGAGCCCAGCAAGAAGGAGACCGGACAGAUGGUGAUGUCCGACAGCACCCUGGCCCCUCCAGCCAAGGAAACGGAGCCGGACGGUUCACAGCCCGCUGCAGGCCAGCCGCCUUCCGGCUCUUCGCAGUCAUCGACGAAAAGCAAAGACGUGCCUGACAAUGAAAACCUGGAGUGUGAUCUCUGCACCUUUCUGGUGUCACGGGCAUGCAGAAACGGCAUGCUCGCCAACUACCUGUACUGGUACCUGAUUGUGGAAUGCGAGGACCAGGACACAAUACAGAGAGACCCGAAGACGCACGACAUGUACAUCAGCGUCAUGCGCCGGUUCAGCCAGGCCCUGCUGAAGGGUGGGAAAGACGCACGCACCCGGCGUACGCUGCUGGCCGCUCAGCAGACGUUCGUGGACCGCAUGGUGCAACUCAUGAAGGCCGUGCAGCGCGAGAGCGGCAAUCGCAAGAAGAAGAUCGAGCGGCUGCAGUCCCUGCUGGGCGAAGCUGAGGCCGGAAGGGGCAGCUUCCUCACCUUUGACCCCAUCCCUCUACCCCUGGAGCCGGAGGUCAAAACCAAUGGCGUCAUCCCGGAGAAAGCCACGCUCUUCAAGAGCGCGCUGAUGCCCGCCAAGCUCAUCUUCCGCACGACCGACGGCGACGAGUACCCCGUGAUCUUCAAGCACGGAGACGACCUGCGGCAGGAUCAGCUCAUCCUGCAGAUCAUCUCUCUCAUGGACAAGCUCCUGCGUAAAGAGAACCUGGACCUGAAGCUGACGCCGUACAAGGUCCUUGCCAGCAGCACGAAACACGGUUUCAUGCAGUUCGUGGAGUCGGUCGCAGUGGCAGAGGUCCUGGCUUCAGAAGGAUGCAUUCAGAAUUUCUUCAGGAAGCACGCUCCGAGUGAGAAGGGACCUUACGGGAUCAGUGCCGAAGUGAUGGAUACGUACGUGAAGAGCUGCGCUGGCUAUUGUGUCAUAACUUACAUACUUGGCGUUGGCGACAGACACCUGGAUAAUUUGCUACUCACCAAAACGGGAAAGCUGUUUCACAUCGACUUCGGCUACAUCCUGGGCCGCGACCCCAAACCGCUGCCUCCCCCGAUGAAACUCAGCAAGGAGAUGGUGGAGGGAAUGGGAGGCAUGCAGAGCGAGCAGUACCAGGAGUUUCGCAAGCAGUGCUACACGGCUUUCCUGCACCUGCGCAGGUACGCGAACUUGAUUCUGAACCUCUUCACGCUCAUGGUGGAUGCCAACAUCCCCGACAUCGCCCUGGAGCCCGACAAGACCGUGAAGAAGGUGCAAGACAAGUUCCGUCUGGACCUCUCUGACGAGGAGGCCGUCCACUACAUGCAGAGUCUGAUCGACGAGAGUGUUGGGGCUCUGUUUGCUGCCGUUGUCGAGCAAAUUCACAAGUUUGCUCAGUAUUGGCGGAGGUAAAACGUUACCUGGAACAACGCUAUCUUCGCAGGACACAUCCACGCUGCAUUUCCAGGAUAAUUUCAUAAUCACACCCCUUGCCGAUUUUUAAAGUACUUUACCGGUUCGCUUUAAUUUACUCCAAGCCAUGCCACUCGGACCCACCGGAGCGUGAAAUUGCUCCACAUUUUUCUACCCUGGGAAAGUGGUUUUAAUGUUAGCAUGUUAAACUGGCAGGAAUUGCAUUUGAUGACUCGCUGUACAUUUACCAUUCGUUGUUUGUUUUUAUAUUAUAAUUUUUUUUUAUGUUCACCAGUGUUUGAAUUGACUCUCGUAUCUGCGAUAGGUACUCUCAAGUUAUUCAUAUAGUCGUCACCGACGCGCUCUGGAGGUCCACAUUGGAAUGCCAUUCUCCAGUGGCCCGCACGCAGGAAACUCAGCUAAUGCAUCUUUAUUUAUUUUGCAUAUUCACUUGAUUUUAUCACCACCACUUAAGUCCUCGUUUUAACGCGCUCGAUGCAUUCCUGACAAGUGGCGCGUUAAGCGGAAAAUGCAUUCAGCGAAAACGAUUUCUCCAUUAAACAAUGUCAUGGUGGAGUUUGGCGAGAUAGCGACGUACGACUACGCACACGCAGUAAGACGGCAGGACGAAUAACUGAGGGUACGCGCCGCCACGUUACUGUAUAAUUCCGCGUACUGUAUGACCGUAGCGCUCGGCCGCGCAGCUCAAGAAAGUUCCUCGUCGAGCGCUCAGAAACUGCGUUGUAACGGUGCGCGUUCCGUAUGCUCACAGCGGCGUGUUCCGUGUUAUAACGGCGCGCUUUCUGCGUUACAACGGGGUGCACGUUCCACGUCAUGACUGUGCACGUUCCACAUUACAACAGCGGGCGCGUCCCGAGUUGUGCGAAAAGUGUCCCCGUAUGGAAGAGCCACGUUGUGGAGAAAACGCGUUGCGUCAAUGUCACGCGUUAAGCGAGUACUUAACGUACUUUAGGGGCAGCAGCUGCCCUCGCCCAACCCCCAAACCCCCUCACCCCCACCCAUGUGAACUCCCCUUGGUCACGUUCUUCGGUGUUUUAAGAUCGCUGCUCAAUGCGACGGGAACUUUUUGUCGGCUCAGCGAAAUGCAUUUGCGAAAAAAAAUCUGGCAUUAGUUGAGGUCCCCAUGGUGCCGGCCAGUGGAAUGGUGUUCUAAUGUCUUACGUCCCGUGGGGUGUUGGCAAUCACUUGUUAAAAAAAGCAUAGUUAACGUGAAGUAUUAAAAUCUUAGUUUUAGUUAAUUUCAUGGAAACAUAGUAUUAUCUUUAUCAGAGAUUACACGUGGCCAAACUUGUCAUCAUGUAACAUUUAAAUGUCACAUUUCCACAUGGAGUGCAAUUGUUACCACGGCUGGACUACAGUGGUAAACAGUGCGCAUGCCCAUAAACAAUGGUUUACGUGUGUUCCAGACAUCGGGAAAAAGUCGUUAGUAAUGAUCUAGAGUGGCUCUUUUAUGUUUUGCAUCAAUAGGAUGCUAGAACGGUGUAAUGGUUCACACUCUGAACUUGAAAUCCAAAGGUCGCUGGUUCGAUUCCAUCUCCCGGCUUGGCAGUUGAAAUGAUGGGGCAAGCUUCUUAAAUCCCUCCACUGCCUCCGUCCACCCGGCAGUGGAAAUGGGUGCAACCACAGUUAGUCGAUCCAUCCGCGGGGCGCGUGUGGUGGGGUAAAGCGUGGGUACUCCCAUCUCUUUGAACUUCUUUCGUACCGUACAUCGCCAACCGUGAUCAUCUGCGACGUCUGGCCAGCGUGGUAGAGUAGGCCACAAAUAGUCUCGACAGGCGGAGGGGGGGGCAACCCUCUGGAGAUUCCUCUCGCGCUUCUGCCAGCAGUGGCGUGAGCGAGCAAGUGGAGGGUCGCUCCUUUUAACCCUUUCCCGUUCCGAUGACAUACGUAUGCGUAUGUGUACGUCAUCAAGACGAUGAGAAAAAAUAUAUAUCGGUACCGAGGCUCCUGUAAGGCCAUGCGGGAGGGCGAGUGGCGCAGUUUAGCGCCAGUUAUGAAAAGUGCGGUCGUGUUGCAACAGUUAUCUGUGGUGAGUACAAUGUCUUUACAAACAGCGGCGCUAUGCCUCUCUAAAAAAAAAAAAUUGUUGAGUCGCUUGUGUGUUCCGAGAUUUGUAGGUGAACGGGACCCACCCUGCAACUUUCAUGUCGGUGGACAUCGUAUUUGCAACAAGCGGAAAUCGACAUUUUGCUAAAGUCUAAAGAGACGCGCUCCUUUGCCUUGUCCACAUUGUUCAGCCGACACCACAACCAUCACGACACCGCAGGUCCCAACAACACACUCACCCAAACAACUACUCACUCACCCAAUAAACUAGUCAAUCACCCAAAUUACGUGGUUUUAAAAUAUAAAAACUACAGCAAUUGAAACGCUUUCAUAUAACGAUUUUAUCCAGAUUGCGAUUUUGAGAUCUACUAAUCACUAAAUAGGUCCUACAUAAUUGAAUUAUGAAGCAUAAUUUAAUUCGUAAUUUCCAGCAAGGUCAUACCACAGCUGACAUCUGCCACAUGUGUGUGCGCGCGCGUGUAAGUUACAUCCUUAUUUGUCCAGCAUCAAUAAAGGGCCUUGUUGCCGCUUAAGAAA